AUGCAGGUCAACAAACGAGGAUAUGCGCGCCUGGAUUUGAUCGGCAAGGGAGGCACUUCUCGGGUUUACCGCGUGAUGUCGUCGCAGAACGAGAUCUUUGCUGUUAAGCGCGUCUCGUUAGACAAGACGGACACGGAAACGAUGAACGGAUACAUGAACGAGAUCGCCCUGCUCAAGCGCCUGGAGGGCAACAGUCGGAUCAUUCGGUUGAUUGAUAGUGAAGCCAAGGCAGGGAGUGGGAGUAGCAAGGGGUAUUUGCACCUCGUCAUGGAAUGUGGUGAGAUUGAUUUAGCACGAUUACUGCAAGAGCAACAGAAUCAACCCAUGAACAUGGUAUGGAUUGCUUACUAUUGGCAACAGAUGCUGGAAGCCGUGCAUGUCAUACACGAGGAGAAGAUCGUCCACUCGGAUCUGAAACCGGCAAACUUCGUUCUGGUCAGGGGUCAACUGAAGCUCAUUGAUUUCGGUAUCGCCAAUGCCAUCGCCAACGAUACGACGAACAUCCAAAGGGACCACCAGAUUGGUACUGUAAAUUAUAUGAGCCCUGAGGCGAUAGAGGUUCCCGAGGGUAUGCGACGCCUGAAGGUCGGUCGCCCGAGUGACGUCUGGUCAUUAGGGUGCAUCUUAUACCAGAUGGUGUACGGUCACCCGCCCUUCUAUCACCUGUCGAUGGUGCAGAAAAUGCGCGCAAUUCCGGAUCCUAAUCAUGGUAUCUCAUUCCCGGAAUAUUCGGAUGUAGUCCUCAGCAUGAAGAGUUGUCUGUGUCGUGGGCCAAAGGAUCGCGCGACCAUUCCGGAGCUGCUCGAACAAGACUGGUUAGCGAUGAAAGAACGUGGGUGUUUACACCCUCUCUGGUCGCUCAGGAUGCUCACGCCCUAUCAUUCCAGCGGAACCACCUCGCGCCGACGAUCUUCUCGCAUCGAACGAAACCAUCAUUGA